AAUCUUUUUUAGCAUCUCUGUCCAAACACAGUUCAAAAUGUAUGAUUAUUCACUGGCCCUUCACUCAUUGUUGUUGUUUAAAUAUAUCUUAAUGUUGUUGUUGUACAGAACAAUGGUAGCAGAUUUUUAAAGUGUGUGGAACAGUUAUUGGGGUAUGAAGGGUUUAGUUGAACAGUUGUUGUUGUAUAGAACAGUUGGUGAAGGGUUUUGCAGAUUUUCAGAUAGAUAUUUGAAUUUAGCUUUGUUCUUUUCCUCUUUUUUCUUGAAUUUGAGGUUGAGAGUUUGGAAUUUCAGGUCCUUGGGGAGAGCGAUGGAUUUCGAUGUGAUCUUUAGUCUUUCUUCAUGAACUGGAAAUGGGGUGUUAAGAAGCCUCAAAUCAUGAAAAAUUUUGUCACGAUCUUGUCGAAUGCAGGUCUUGGGAUGGCCAUGUUCGGUCUCGGUAAGAUCAUUGAUAUGCUCAUCAUGUUCAGUCUCGGUAAGAUCAUUGAUAUGCUCAUUCGACGUGAGGGGCGUCAUCAAGAAAUAUGACAGUCCCGAACAAAUUCUUGAAGAAUUCUUUCAUUUAAGACUUGAGUUCUAUGUAAAGAGAAAGAAAGUAAUGUUGGAUAAUCUUGAAAUAAAGCUGUUGAGAUUGUCUAACAAAGUCAGAUUCAUCAUUGGGGUGGUAGAAGGAGAGAUUAUUAUGAGUAAUAGGAAGAGAGCAGAUCUGGUCCUCGAGUUGCAGCAGAAGGGUUUCACACCGUUCCCUAAAACCAAAGGCGGUAAUACCAACGAGGCAAUGGAAACAGAAGAAAAUGAAGAGACACCGGAGGUGGGAAUAGUUGUAAGAGCAAGUGAUUAUGAGUAUUUACUGUCGAUGCCGAUUGGAUCUUGUUGUUAA